UGUUUUGUGGGGUUGUGAGUGUAUUGUUUGUUGGGGGUAGUGCCUGUAGUGACGCUUUCUGGGUAGUAAGGGUGUAUGUCUGGUAUAAUGGAAUAUAAUCAAAGUAAUCGGAAAUCAGUUAUUUGAGUCAGCGUUUGGCCUUUAUCUGCCAAAAUCUACUAACAUCCUAUAGCAUUACGCCACUAUGAGUCAGUCGCGCGUAUAUUGAAUGCGUUCAUUUCGACAGCACGGGAGAUGAAAGCUGGGAUGGACAGGUUAGAUUCAAUCGAAAGUUAAAAUCAAAUUGCAUUGCCAAUUUAGUUCUGACAAGAUAGUUGUGUCCAAGUACGGAGCGUGAUGUAAUUGUAAUAGUUAUGAACUAAACCAACGCUAACGACUAUACAAUGUCGUGCCUCACCUGUGGCAGUAAAUUUCGAUUAUUUAACAGAGAGGUGGGGUGUCCAUCCUGUAAGAAAGUGUUCUGCGCAUCAUGUUUGAACUAUUCCAUGCACAUUGCGGCUUUUGGUGGACUCAAAAAAAAGGUGUGUGGUUCAUGCUUUAAUAAUGUGGCGAGGAAUACGUCAAAUGUCGACAUUACACCCAAAGCCCUAAAAACCAUGCAGGAUGCCAGACGAUCAAAACCUUCGCUUGUACUUACAGCUUACCCAUCGGGUGGAUCGAGCUAUAGUGUCCAAGCCAGUAGUACUGCUGAAGCGGGUACCUCUAGAGUUGUUUCCUACGAAAAGGAAAUCAAGCAACGUUUAGCAAAGCUCCGAGGCGAAGAUUUGAAUGAGAACGGCGAGGGACAGCAUUCAAUUCUUUUUUCUCCAAGAUCCCAUAAAUCAUCACAGGAACAACAGAACGACCUCCUUGCUUCUACUAUGGCUACGGUCGACAUCGAGAAGAAAAACUCACCCGAAGACGAUAUCAGCCGUCGUCUUGAGAAUCUUCGAAAGGACUGUCCUAUCGACCUAAUUCCUCGUGGGAGAGAUAUGAUCUCAACGGACGCUGGUGAAAUGUCUACGGCAGAUCUUGUGAAACGUCUGAUAAAGGAAACCGAGCUUGAGAUGAGGACCGAGGAUUUGGUUAAGGAUAAAAUUGCAGACCACAUCCCCGAACCACCAAAUACAGCCGAACUUGACGAACUUCCCUGGUGUGUGAUUUGCAACGAAGACGCCGCACUGCGGUGUAUAGACUGCGAUGACGAUCUGUAUUGUCGCCACUGCUUUACCGAAUUCCAUGAUCGGUUUAAUCCCCAUCAGACCAAGCCGUUUAAAAAUGAAUAACAAAAUGCUUCAGUGUCUUAUUAAUAGUCACUCCAUUGACACCCGUGAUGUUGAAUAAAUAGUGAGAAUUUGUUUGUUUUUAGAAAUUAAAUUCUUGUUUUACUCAGAGCCCUUGGAGUUGAGAAAGCGGUACAUCAGUUAUACUUAUUUUUUGGAAGAGGAAGUAUGAGUUGGGGCUUUGAUCUAUGGGUGUUUGACUUUCUACCUCAUACCACUUUUCUUCACUCAGUUUCGGCCCAUUGAUUUGACCACCUAUCGUAACAGCAAUAUGGGCCAUCUACCUUCUAAUAAACUCUUAAAGAAAAGCUAGCAAAAAAAACAAAUAAAUGUUAACGAGUUUAAUCUUGUAUGCGGUGAACUAGCAUAAACUUAAGUGACGAAAUCGAGUGUUUAAUUAUUAUUAUUAAUACUGCUUAGUUGCUUUCUACGAUUGUUUUCUCACCGAUAUGGCCUAUACAUGGAAUUGUUUAUGUUUUGCAUGAACUCGCUGUUUCUCAUGGCCCUCACAAGAACUCACCAGGGUUAUCGUUCCUGCUAAAAAGUUCCACACCUUUUUGGGCUGCAAGCAACAAGAACUAACAUUGUUAACUUUGCCUAUUUCUUCGAUGCUUCCCUUCCCGUGCCCGCUGUAUCUAUCGUUGUCUUGUCGGAUAUUUGAAUCAACAGACAGCAGUCUUCAGAUGAUACUCUCAGAUACGGAGAAAUUAGCAGCGUUAGGGAUGAUUCCACUUCUCGAGGGCAUCAGCUCGGCUACUGGGGGCAACCAUCAUUCGAGCAACAAUCAUCACGCACACCCAAACAGCGUCGUAGUCCACAACGG